CUGUGUCAACAGGUCAAUGCCUGGCUCGUCUCAGCCGUAGUGCCGGAAUAGUUUUGUAGCAACUAGACUUUAGUUCUAGAUUAUUGAUUAUGAAGGUCUAACAACAGUUUGAUUCAAUUAUGCCAUGGAUAAGAUGGAAGAUGGAAAUCUUAAGAUGACUGUUGAAAGUGUUAAGAUGUAUCUUAUCUUAUAAAUAAGAUAAGACACUGGUAAAUGGAUGCCAAAAGUUUUAAAGAAAGUACAACUCUUGGCGGAGGGAAGGUUAAUCCACAUAUAAGUCAAUAUUCAACUGUUCAAUUUGAAGAUGUAGUGGCAGCUUCAAGAAUGGCUGCCAGAAAAAUGAAGAAAGAUCACAGAGCAAAGGCAAAAAAACAUCCUCGACAUCAUCUUCACCCUUUUGAGAAAAGGUACUCAUCAUUAUCUGAAAAGAACAAGCUUAUCCCAGAAAAGAAGUGCAUUGACUAUGUUCUUAUUUAUACAAAAAAUCAUGAGAUAGAUUCAAGUGAAAGCAACAAGAUAGAACAAGAGAAGAAAGCAAACUACCGUCAAAGAUUUGAAGAAAAGCUGAAGAAAGAAGGAUUCACAAUAGAUGAAUAUGAAGCUCAUGAUCAUGUUUAUGUCAAACUUUACUGCCCUUUUAAAAGGCUGUGCAAGGAAGCAGAACGUGUUAAGCUUGAAAUGCCAUUAAAGGAUUGUAAAAUACCAGAGCCGCCGCCAGUAGGUUUCAUACAAAAGUUUGCUGACAAAUACUUGGAGACAGAUGGAGACAUUGCAGACUUUGUCAGUGCUCCUUUUAGAAUGAGUAAAAUUCAUCUUUUUGAUGGUCAUGAAGAUCCAGGGAAUUUCUUUAGACCAUCCAUCAGGUCUUUGUUAGUCCAUCACAUCCUUAUAAACAUUGAUAUUGCUAGUGAGAGAAAAGAAAAAAAUAAAACAAAAAAUGGAAUUGAUGCAGUUCAGCAGGAAGAAAGCAGGUGCUUAGAGCUUUGUAAAAGUAUUGUCUGUUUCUGCAAGAGCGCUCCGCUGCAACCUGUUGAUGAACAGAGUGGGAAAGCUGUGAAAAAAAAAGGGUUACAGUUUUUAUUGAUGAAAAAUGUCUACACAGACACUCUAGUACUGCAUGAUGAGCUAACUAAAACAGAUUUACCCAGUGACACACAGACAGUAGACAAAAGAAAGGAACUAGAUCAAAAGUGGUCCCGUUUUUAUAAAUUUCAGCCAAUGUGGCAAAUUAGAAACUAUUUUGGGGAAAAAAUUGGAUUGUAUUUUGCCUGGACUGGAGUUUUGAUCACCACCCUCUGGAUACCAAUGUUAUUUGGAGUUGCUGUUUUUAUCUAUGGCUUAUAUGAAAGUUUAACAGAUACAGCCACCAAGCCAAAUGCUACCUCAUUAGGUCUACAAGAUGUCUUGGAAGAUGUGAAGGAAGCUUUUGAUAAUGAUGUCACACCAUUCUUUGCAUUGUUUAUUUGUUGCUGGGGGACAAUCUUUCUUGAAGUUUGGAAAAGGAGGUGCUCAUUCUUGGCCUACGAAUGGGAUGUCGAUCAAUUUGAAACAAAUGAACCAGACAGACCUCAGUUCUAUGGGACUGUUGUGAAAAGGGACCCAAUCACCGAUUCGUUGGCUUGGUUUUACCCUUUUAAACUUCAACUUCUAAAAUUUUCUACCUCAGCAGCAGUCUUGAUUUUUAUGGUUUGUGUUGUUGUUGCCAGUGUCUUUGCUGUUAUCGUGUACAGAGUUAUCAUGAAUAUCGACUAUUGUCCUGAUUUGCCAAAUAAAGAAUGUCUUCUUCUCACAACGAUUGUGUCUUCAAUACUAAACGCUGUCUCAAUAUUGAUUCUUGGAAAGAUUUAUGACAAGCUAGCUGUUGUGUUGACAGACUGGGAAAAUCACAGAACUCAAACAAGUUAUGAUGACUCUCUUAUUAUCAAGCUCUUUGCUUUCCAAUUUGUUAACAGUUAUGCCUCUUGUUUCUAUGUUGCUUUUUUAAGAGGGAAUGGAAGCCUUUUCAAAGAUCGCUAUGUUGACACAUGUGAAGGUUCCUGCAUGGCUCAGUUGUCCUUCCAGAUUCUCACCUUGAUGAUUAUCAAACCAUUCCCCAAGUUUUUCAAAGAUAUUGGUUUGCCUCUUUUGAAAAAAAUCUUGAUUUGCCUGCGACGACUGUGUUGCCAGAAGAAUCAAGUUGAGUUGACUGAAGAAAACUCUGCUCAACAAAGUCAGGAAUUAUUUCUUGAACGUGAAAGAUUAAAACCAGACCUCGAUGAUUUUACUAUGGGAGAAUACACUGAGAAAGUUAUAUUAUACGGAUUUCUAAUGUUGUUCGCCUGCUCCUUUCCACUGGCACCCUUGAUGGCAAUAGUCAUCUGCCUCAUUGAUAUUCGUGUGGAUGCUAAAAGAUUACUUUAUCUAUUCAGACGUCCCAUAGCUCAUAUAGCAGAAGAUAUUGGAAUGUGGUAUAACAUCCUGAACUUUGUGAACUUUGUCGGGGUCCUGACUAAUGCUUUCAUUAUUGCCUUCACCUCCAGUUGGGGCUCACAGUUUGACAUAACUGGGAAAUUGGCCGUCGUUAUUGGUUUUGAGCACAUAGUGUUUAUUUUAAAAUUCCUGUUGGCCUACUUGAUUCCUGAUGUUUCAGAGGAUGUCAAACUAGCAAUCAGAAGGGAAAAAUACCUGGUUCAAAGAAAGAUGGACAAUGAAAGUAAACCCAUUAAUGAUUUCACUAAACUUUACCCAGAUGAAGUCAUCAAUGAAGAAGAUUCUGAAAAUGAUGAAAAGAAAGAUGCCAGCCCUGCUCGUAGAAAGAGGCACAGGAAAGGAAACAAGAAGCCUGUUGAUGAAGAGACAGAAGUUCAGCAAAUAAAUGCCUUCGAUGAAGUAUCAGAGAUUCAGGAUGUGCCCAAAAUGCAUUCUACUUUUAGUACGAGUGAUUCACGUUUGGUCACCAAACCUAAGAAGAACAGUUACAUAGAUUCUGUGUUUCACUUGAAAUUUAGAUCGUCUAGUUUUCAUAAAAUCUAAAAAGGAUUUUUUAUUAAUUAACAGAAACCAACAGACGACUCGUCAACUGAAAUAUUGAUCUCAGAAGCUUAAACUUGGAUGAAACAUUGUUUUUAAAAGCAUGUGAUUUUUUAAUUUUUUUUUUAAAUUUAUUUUUUAUUAGUAAGAGGCAGCAUGUUUGAUUAUAUUGUUUGUGUCAAAUAUAUACCUAAUUGAUUUGUUGAUUGAAAAUUUUUAUGUAAAUUAAAUGUUUAAAUUAUAUAUGUAUUUACAUUAUGGCAUUGAUGAAAAAAUGUUGAAAUAAUUUAAACUUGUUUUUUUUUUCUGCCAAAAUUGACUUUAAAAAAUUUGAAAAAAAAUAACAAACUAUUUUAUCAACUUACAUUUAUACAAUUAUAAAAGUUUAGAUGUUUUUAAAUAAUAUGAUUAUUGUAAAGACUUUCAUUUUAUACACAAUUUUUUUAAAACGAAGUAAUAACAGGACAUUUAACAGUUUAAAAAACAAAUUCCACCUACCAAACAUCUUGAUACAACCGAUUGUCUCUCUCUUAUAACUUUUGGCUAUCGGUUGAAAAUGAAGAAAGGAGCUUUAAUUUCGUUGUAUAUACAGAUAUAAUUGAUUUAAAGUUUUUGAUACCUAUAUAAAAUACAUUUACUUGUGGACGAGGACUGCUGCCAGUAAUUAGAUCAUAUAAUGAAACAAAUGUAAACUCAUAAGUUAUGUAAAUUAGUUGAUUUAUUUGUCUCCACUAAACAAUGCAAUUCUAUUAUGUGCACAAUUUUUGUUUACUUUAAUAUACUUUGUACUUGUUGAUACCUCAUCAUUUAUACAACUCCUUGGAAGUUAUGAGAAUUUGUUUUAUUUUAAUGUAUCAUUUUUAUAAUUUUUUAUGUUUUAUACCAAAAUGCAAUGUUUUUAUGUUGUUUAUUAUUAUUAUGUACAUUUUUUAAAAACUUAUUUUUAUAAACAAUAUGUAUCUAAAGCUUGUAACUGAACCUUUUUAAAAAUAUGAAUUUCAAAACUUUUAGAUUUUUAUGUUACGUGGAUCAAAUAAAAGCUGUUGAUUACUCUGAAUAA